UCUACAGCAUCUUUCCUUCUCUGCAUCAUUUGAAGCCAAUUCCGUUCAUUUCCGUCUUGAGGACAUUUGCACUCCUUCGAACUACCAACUGCUGGAACAGUCGGACCAAAUCUACACAAAAUGGCCAACAACUCUCUUUCAAGGUCCCUCGCCGUUGUAUUCUUAUUCUUGAACCUCGCAUUGUUCGCUUUCGGUCAAGGCACACAAUUCAUCACAGGCACUUGUACAUCGGAUGCCGACUGCGCCUCUGGCUGCUGCGGCUUCAACUCAGGGAAAUGUGCUGGACCUGUCGUUGCUCAAGAACGUGAUGGUGGAUGCGGCUUUGGCGACCCGACACCAAAUGCGAACGCAGCCAUGGCAUUGACCGGCGGCGCGCCAGUGGCCACCUCGCCUGCUACUGCUGCUGCCCCUGCGACCACCGCCGCUGCCGGUGUUGUGAGUGGUGCGAAUGGUGCUUCUGCAGCUGUCAACAGUAAUCUUGCGGGUUCCGCCAACGUCGGCAAUGGAGCCGGAAAGCAGUUCAUCACUGGCCAAUGCUUGAGCGAUGCCGACUGCGCCUCUGGCUGCUGCGGAUUCAACAGCGGACUGUGCGCUGGUGCAGUCAUUGCGCAGACUCGUGAUGGCGGAUGUGGUUUCGGCGACACCUCUCCCAACUCCAACGCCGCUCAAGCCCUCACAGGAGGCGGCGCAUCAGCGCCUGCUGCCACCGCUGCUGCAGGCGCAGGGACAGGCAACAGUGGCGCUGCUGAGGCUCCAUCUGCGACCGAGUCUGCCUCCGCAGCGAUUGACAGCAGCAUCCCAGGAGCCGCCAACGUCGGAAAUGGUGCUGGCGCGCAAUUCAUCACAGGACAAUGCCUGAGUGACGCCGACUGUGCGUCUGGAUGCUGCGGCUUCAACAGCGGCAAGUGUGCAGGUGCCAUUAUUGCUCAGACCCGAGAUGGAGGUUGCGGUUUCGGCGACGCAACGCCUAAUGAUACUGCUGCCCAAGCUCUCACUAGAGGGGCGAGAAAGAGGACGGUCAGAGAGUAUAUGGCGUAAUGUGAGAAAAGAAUGCCACGCUGGUUGUGGGCAUGACAUGUACGAGUUAUGAGCCAUGCAACACUUUGCUUUCGAUCAUCGAGCUUUUGAGCGAGCAUUGUAUACUCGGAAGGCUUGGAAAUGGACCCAGAGGAAGUAGGCAGAGACUCUCCGAGGCAGAUAUCGACCGCGCACAGUCCCUGCAGAGUCAAGCACAUUGUCACGAGUGCUCAACCUCUGAUUGAUCGCCACGCGUUAGCGCUUGCAAGGCUGAAUACAAUGAUAGUUGCAAUGGA